UUCCACGAACUGAGAGCCUCUGUCGGAACACCUGAAUACUUAAUAAAUGGAUAAAAUUAACAUUAAUAACGACUGUCUGUGACCGAUCCACAUCUUAUCCGACGACCAACGCGUUCGACAGUCGUGUCUGACACAUGCCCUAGGAGAGUUUCUCGAAGAAGGUGGAUCCUCGACGAUCCUCUACCUUCUUCUCGGCCGCGACGAGCUAUUUAACCGACGCGUGAUCGAUCGUACAACAUGGAUUCGGAGGAAUACGCCAACAAAUUGUCGAGGAAAGAGUCGGAAAACGAUAGCAAUAACGAGGACUGCGCGCACUCGCCGAUACUGUUGGAUUUAGACAAAAACUCUAAGCAACAGCAAGAGGUGCUGAGCCAGGAAGAAAGUUCUCCGUCCAAGUUACCGGCGGUCAACCAGUACUUGCAGGAUCAAUUAGUCAGAAAUGGAUCAGAGAAUUUAGAAAUAAUUUGCCGACAAUCCAUAAGGAGAACGUGGCAAGAUGGGAGCUACGAGGAUCGCCAGGAAAAUAGCGAUCGAGUGUUUGUGAUCCGAGUCCCCGAACCGGAAGUAAUUAAUACUCAUCCGCAUUUAGAAAUACUUCACGAAACCAACAUUAAGUCGGUACAACGGGAAGCAUCGCAAACGGAAAAAGAUUACAAGAAAUCGGCCUGCGAUCGAGAACGGACGAGAAUGCGGGACAUGAAUCGCGCGUACGAGCUUCUACGAUCGAAUCUGCCGAUCUGCAAACGGCCCGGGAAGAAACUGUCCAAGAUCGAAUCGCUGAGGCACGCGAUCACCUACAUACGAUAUUUGCAGAGUCUUUUGGAGCCGCAAUAUAGCUACGUACCGAACGUACCCGAGAGAAGCUGUUACGCUAGCAGCGCGCCAGUCACGACGACCACGUCCUUCGAUGCCCAGCACCCUACUCGAUGGGAAUCGUUCGCUUAUUACCGUUACGAUUAUCACACUCCGUGCGUUGCUACUUCGCCGUCGACGUUAUCCUCGCCUGUUCACUCUUUGGUACCAUCCGAGCAUAACGAUCGACAAUUCUUGUACGAGACACGACCUUAGUGAUUAUUAAUUACGUAUCUAGUUUCCACUGGUCAAUUCUAGUCCCUGUUUACGACUCUAAUCGCGUGAAUCAAAGUGCAAUCGAAACAUUGGCUCCUGUUACAGUGGCGCCCUCAUGAAUGACUCAAUGGGAUUUAACGGGAGAUUCUAAAAGCUAAAAUAAUACGAAAAUCAAGGAUACUAAUUUGUUAAUUGAGGCAUCGUAUCGAGAGAUUCUAGAGGCUAAAAUAAU